AUGGACGACCUCUUUCGGGACACGGUCGUCGGACAAAUACUGCGGCUUAUUACAGCACGAAGGAUUCUCCAAUAUCCCGAGGAGCGGGAUCCAUCAAUAUGGCAGAGAUACCUCAAUGUCGAGAAGUCGGCCAACAUGGCUCUCCAUGGCAGCACGACCAGCCCUGAACAAGAAAAGGACCUUCGCAGUGGAUCUUCAUCUGGUUCGCCUACUCCGCCAACGGAAGAAAAGGGGCAGCAAGGAGAAACACCGUCUUAUUACGACCAGACCACUAUCCCAGCAGAGGCGAAGGAACAGUUAGACCUGCCGUCCGACCGUCAGCACCCGAAUGCCAAUCCUCAUGGACCUUCUCGCCGUUCUUCUGGCUCAGCAUCAACCGCCGGCGACUUCGAAAAUGUGCUGGUCAACACCCUUAGUGGCACGAGAGUCGACCCUGAGAGAGGAAGGGAUGCACACAUUGUGGAUUGGUACGGUCCUGACGACCCAGAAAACCCUCGAAACUGGGGCCGGUUGAAGAAGAUCUGGGUUACCUUCGAGAUCUGCCUAUUGACAUUUUCUGUCUACAUUGGCUCUUCGAUAUAUUCUGCUGGGAUUUUGGACGUGAGCAAAGACUUCGGAGUCAGUCGUGUCGCUGCCACUCUAGGUCUUACGUUGUUCGUGUUGGGCUAUGGUGUUGGUCCAAUGUUUCUAAGUCCUUUGUCGGAACUACCACAGACCGGAAGAGGCCCGAUCUAUAUUGGAACUCUGGCGCUCUUCGUCAUCCUGCAGGUACCGACUGCUUUGGCGACCAAUUUCGGCAUGCUCAUGGCAUUUCGCUUCAUCACAGGUUUCGUGGGAUCGCCACCUCUUGCUACUGGAGGCGCCACGAUUGGGGACAUGUAUUCUCCCUCCAAAAGAACAUAUGGGAUGGCUGUAUGGGGUAUUGGAGCAGUUUGUGGACCUACCAUGGGGCCUCUCGUUGGGGGCUUUGCGGCAGAAUCAAAAGGAUGGACGUGGACAAUUUGGGAACUCAUGUGGCUCUCUGGGUUCACCUUGAUCCUCCUCCUGUUUCUCAUGCCAGAGACUUCUUCGGCCAACAUCCUUUACCGACGCACAAUGCGCCUCCGUAAAUUGACGGGCAACCAAAAACUCAUGUGUGAGCCGCAACUGAUCGGCGAACAAAUGACCCCCAGAGAAAUCGCCAUGAUGACUCUCGUUCGCCCUUUCCUCUUGUGUUUUACGGAACCCAUGGUUUUCCUGCUGAACAUGUACAUCGCUCUCAUCUACGGACUGCUGUAUAUCUGGUUCGAGAGUUUCCCCAUCGUCUUCAGUGGAAUAUACGGCUUCAGACUGGGUCUCGAAGGAACUGCAUUUUUGGGCAUCCUCAUUGGUGUCUUGGUCAUACUUCCACCAUUCAUCUGGUAUCAACGGAAAUACAUUGAGCCCAAAUUUAAUGACAAGGGCGAGCUCCAACCCGAAUGGCGCCUUCCGCCUUCGUUUGUCGGCGCCUUUGCCAUUCCAAUCUGUCUGUUCUGGUUCGGAUGGUCCGCCCAGCCGGAUGUUCAUUGGAUCGUGCCAAUUAUCGGCACGGCCUGGUUCUCCGUGGGCGCGUUCUUGCUCUUCAACUCGGUCCUCAAUUACCUGGCAGAUGCAUACCCGGCAUACGCUGCAAGUGUGCUGGCCGGCAACGACUUCUUUCGAUCCACCUUCGGCGCAGGGUUCCCACUAUUCGCCACGGCCAUGUACAACAAUCUCGGAGUCGGCUGGGCUAGUUCGACACUGGGCUUUCUUUCUAUUGCCUUUAUUCCCAUACCUUUCUUCUUGUUUAAGUACGGUGAGCGGUUGAGGAUGAGGAGUAGAUAUGCUCAGAAGGACUAUUAG